AUGGUGAUCUUGAGAGAAAAGCAAACCCUUUUGUCAAAGAUUGCAACAAGUGAUGAACAUGGAGAGAAUUCACCUUACUUUGAGGGAUGGAAAGCUUAUGAUCAAGAUCCAUUUCAUCCUACUCAAAACCCUAAUGGUGUUAUCCAAAUGGGUUUGGCAGAAAACCAGCUCUCGCACGAUUUGAUUGAGAAAUGGAUCGUGGAGAACCCGAAAUCCUCGAUUUGCACCAAUGAAGGAGUUGAUCUAUUUAAAGAUACAGCAAAUUUUCAAGAUUAUCAUGGCAUGUAUGAGUUCCGAAAGGCAAUAGCAGAGUUUAUGGGGAAAGCAAGGGGAAAUAGAGUUAGAUUUGAUCCUGAUCGCAUAGUGAUGGGUGGUGGAGCCACCGGAGCUAGUGAAUCUUUGAUGUUUUGCUUGGCAAAUCCUGGUGAUGGAUUUCUAGUUCCGUCUCCAUAUUAUCCUGCAUUUGAUAGAGACCUAAGAUGGAGAACUGGAAUGCAACUAAUUCCAAUAGUGUGUACGAGUUCAAAUGAUUUCAAGAUCACCAAACAAGCACUUGAGUCUGCUUUUGAGAGUGCAGUUGAAUCCAACAUAAGAGUCAAAGGAUUGAUCAUUGCAAAUCCUUCAAAUCCUCUUGGCACAACCAUGGAUAAAGAAACUUUAAAAACCCUGAUGAGAUUCAUCAAUAACAAGGGCAUUCAUCUAGUCUGUGAUGAAAUUUAUGCGGCCACCGUCUUCAACGCACCUGGCUUCAUCUCUAUCUCAGAAGUCUUGCAAGAAAUGGAGCAAGAUCCCAUGAACCAGAUAAAUCCCGAGUUGGUUCAUAUUAUUUAUAGCUUGUCGAAAGACAUGGGGCUCCCAGGGUUUCGCGUUGGCAUUCUAUAUUCAUAUAAUGAUGGUGUUGUGAGUUCUGCGAGAAAGAUGUCAAGUUUUGGACUAAUCUCCACGCAAACUCAACAUUUUCUAGCUUCAAUCCUUUCAGAUGAAGUGUUUGUUGAGAGUUUUCUAAGCGAAAAUUCAAAGAGGUUAGCUAAGCGGCAUAAGGUUUUCACUCAAGGGCUUCAAGAAGAUGGCAUUACUUGUUUAGCAAGUAACGCAGCACUCUAUGUUUGGAUGGAUUUACGAAGGCUUCUAAAGAAGCCUACAUUUGAUGAGGAAAUGAAGCUAUGGAGAUUGAUAAUCAACGAUGUUAAACUAAAUGUCUCCCCUGGUUCUUCAUUCCAUUGUGUGGAACCAGGGUGGUUUAGGGUUUGCUUUGCAAAUAUGGAUGAACAAACAGUCCAGGUUGCGCUAAACAGGAUUCACAUAUUUGUUAAGAAGGGUAAAGAGAAUGAGGAAAUGGCAACAAAGAAGAAGAGAAACAAACCAUGGUCAAAGGAUCUUCGACUUAGUUUUUCCUCACGAUUGUACGAAGAAACUAAGAUGAUGUCUCCUCGUAUCAUGUCUCCCCAUUCUCCAUUUGCUCUCUCACCAUUGGUUCAAGCAAGAAACUAA